UCCUGUAAACAGACAAACGUGGAUGAACUGAGCUUAGAAGUAUUUACAAGAAAACACACUGUUAUAAUCAUCCUACAUGUGACGAAGUUGCUGUCUUUAUAUUUUGUUGUUAGGUGUAAGUGUGAGUACAACAUACAUGUUGACUAUCAAUAACGAAUUUGGCUGAACACGAAAUGCAGAAAGAAAAGCUCCACUAGAGUCUAAUCUGCUGUAUUUAGGAGGCUGGACACCUGGUUCAGUACAUGUGGAUUAAGGGUUCAACAUAACCAAUGUGGUGGACAGUAGACUACCGGCACAGUAGACUGCCAUUCACCUUCCACAAUGAAGAGGUCCCAUGAUGGAAAGAGCAAAACAUCUAAGCACCCAACGGCUGUGUUAGCUGACAAAUAUUAUGAGGACAUUCAGUUGGAGAAAGUGCUUGUCUGUGAUAUAAAAAACAAAAAAGACACCACAACACUUAUUAGGGAGUUGACAUCAGAAUUCCCCUUGCCCUCUUUACAACAUUUGAAAAGGGUCAGAAAGGCAAAGACACAAGAGGGGUCAAAACUGCAGAUUAUUGUUUGUUGCUAUGACGAUAGCUGCCGUGAUUCUGGAGGAAAAAUUUUAUCUCUUUCCGAAAUUUGUCAGUCAAGAGACAUAAGUGUGGAUAGCUUAGGUGAACCAUGCAUUACUGAAGUCCCCAAAUAUCAGCCACUGAUAAGAAAACAGUAUGAAACAGCAGUGUUACACUGGCCUACAGCUUUUCAUGAAGACAAGAAAAUAGCCAAAAUUCUAAGUGGCCAAUUGUUUUCACAUUCAGAAGUUGACUUAAUCCAAAAGUUUAUGAAAGAAGCUGUGAAAAUGUCUGAAAUGGGAGAGCAGACGGGGAAUGAAAAAGUUGGUGCCAUUGUUGUUGAUCCAUCAACCAAUGAGAUUAUUGCGAAGUCACAUGAUAUUAGAUCCCAGCAUCCUUUGCAGCAUGCUGUGAUGGUAUGCAUUGACUUGGUUGGUAAGGCUCAAGGUGGGGGUGCUUGGAAAUAUGACAGCAGCCCUGCCUUGUUUGCAAUAUCUUCAAGUAACCUUGGAAAUGAGACUAAAACAAUUGAAGAGAUGAAAAAUAAGGUAACUGAAGACAAGGAAAAGACUAGACCAGAUGAAGGAGACACAAAAAUUAGUAGGAGUUCAAAAGAGAAGAGAAGUCAAAAUGAAGAAAAGAAACCUGUUUUGCAUCUUGAUAAUGACAUAAAAAAUGAAACAGGCAUACAUAAUACAUCUGAAGAUGAAAUAACCAGAAGGCAAGAAAAGGUUGUUACACUCAACAAAAAUGAAACAGAAACUAAAGACAAGGCUACAGAAAAUAAAGAAAAGACUGCACCAUAUUUAUGCACAGGUUAUGAUUUGUAUGUUACAAGAGAGCCAUGUGUUAUGUGUGCUAUGGCACUGGUUCAUUCAAGAAUUAGUAGAGUGUUUUAUAAUACUGCAUCAGAAUCAGGAGCUCUGGGAACCAAGUACAAGAUUCAUGUUCAGAAAGGUUUAAAUCAUCAUUUUGAAGUUUAUAAAGAUAUAUUACCCAUUGAUCAUUAAAGUAUUACAGUAAUUUACGUGAUAGAAUUGAAGAGAACAAUUUGAGAACAGUUUCAGUAUUCAUAAUUCCAAGGCUAGUGAAAAGUAUAUUAAACAGAAAAGAAACAGAAAAGUGUGUUUAAUUGCAUGUACAGUAUACAGUGAAGCCAAAAUUUGCUACUUCAAAAACUGUAAAAUACCGGGAGUCUGCUUCAUCCAUGGAUUACCUUAAUUAUUGCAUUUUUAGAUGACAAACUUUAAUAAAUUUAAUUAAAAGUUCUUUUUACCCCAAGUUCUGACUGAUGAAUGUUUUAAAAAUAAGUUCAAAAGAAAGAGAUUCACUCAACUGUGUAUAAUGGGUUGUUUUAUGUCCUGCAUAAUGGACAUUUGUCUUAAAUCCUUCCAUUGCAUGUCAUUAUGUUAAUGUCCAUUUCAACCGUUGCUAGCCACUUAACAAUACUUGUGAUUAGUUCUCAAAAUUACCAUUUACAUUUUAUCCUUUUAAAUGCGUCUGUACACUGAGCUUUCACCAUCUGUGGUAAGUUCAUUUUCUGAAUGCCCAUGUUAGCAGUACUGUACCCUGUAGUACAAAAUUAGAAGUUGGUAGUGAUUAUGCAGUUAAGCAUUAUGUAAUAUUACACAAGUAUUAACAAAA